AUGACUUGGCUGAUUAACAGAGAUCAGAAGCAGCAGCCUAACUGUGGAAACCACUACAGCAUUGUCUAUGAGCCAGAUAGAAAUGUGCUGCGAAGGAAGGAAUGGGAAAGGAGAAAUCAGGAGGCCCAGCAGGAAGAUGGCACAUUUAACACGAGUUACUCCCUCUUCAGUGAACCAUACAAGACUAACAAGGGAGACGAGCUCUCAAAUCGCAUCCAGAACACCCUGGGCAACUACGAUGAAAUGAAAGACUUAUUAACUGAUCGAUCAAACCAGAGCCACCUCGUCGGGGUCCCAAAACCAGGCGUUCCCCAGGCCUCUCUUCCUAAGCCUGAUGAGCACCUUGUCACUGACUCGAGACCUCUGCCACCUCCACCUGCUGGCAGUGCUUCUUCUUCCACACCAGCAGCUCUACCAGCCCAACAGAGUAAAAGCUCCGCAAUGGCUUGGCCGAAGGCCGGGCACAGCGCAGCUUCGGAGGGCCAGCAGAGAGCUGCCCAGCAGGGCUCACUGAGGUCCACGCUGGGGGACAACGUCACCAGGGUGCAGCAGCAGCUGAAGCUAAGCUGUGCUUCCGAAGGAGCGGCUCAAGYGCAAGAGCGGCCAGCAAAGCACGGUGGCGGGCACUGCGUCCAAAACUUCCCACCUUCACUGGCCUCAAAGCCCAGUCUGGUUCAGCAGAAACCGACGGCUUAUGUGAGACCAAUGGAUGGUCAAGACCAGGCCCCUGAUGAGUCUCCAAAGCUGAAGCUGCCGGCAGAGACAACCAAGUCGUACAGGGGAGUGCCUUCUAGCAAGGCUGAUUCAGCCAGGACCAAAUCAAAGAUAGCCAAGUUCAGCAUUCCUAAGCAAGACGAGGACAGUGGAACGGGAGAUAACAGCUGCAUUGAAGAAAUAUUGCGGGAAAUGACCCAUUCUUGGCCUCCGCCGCUGUCAGCUAUUCAUACACCAGGCAAGGUAGAGCAAAGCAAGUUUCCCUUCCCAAACAAGGACUCACAACAGGGACCCACAGGCCACAGCAAUACAAGAAAAAGUGAUGUAGAGCCAAAGAGUCCAGAGAAAAGUGCAACYCAUACAUCAAUGCUAGAAGAUGACCUCAAGUUAAGUAGUGAUGAAGAAGAGAAUGACCAGGCAGCACAGAGAUCUGCUCUCCGCGUUCUAUCUGACAGUAGUGUAGUUAAGCAAGGUUUGCUUUAUGUUGCUGUUUUCUCUUCUUCCCUCCCUGCGUGUCGGUGGGCUGCGUGCGGGGCCGGCAGCCUGGUUGUGCCGCAGCCCAGUUCCCGAGCUGCAGGACUCUCCAGCAAGGGCUCGAGCAGCAGCAGUUCGAGCGAAUCCGAGAGCAGCUCCGAGUCCGACUCCGAGAGCGAGAGCAGCUCCAGCGAGAGUGACGGCAGCAAGCCCUCGCAUUAUUCCAGCCCGGAGCCCGAGCCACCCUCAUCCAACAAGUGGCAACUGGACAAGUGGCUGAACAAGGUCACCCCGCACAAGGCGCCCAUCCUGACCCACCAUGACAGCCCGGCCCUGGAGAGCCAUCCCUACUACGGCCGCGUGAAGCCGGAGCGGCAGGAGUGUGAGAAGACGCCGGCCACCAGCACCACCGAGCCCCGCAGCGGGGACGGCCGCGUCGCCGCCACCGCGGCCACGGCUGCGGCCGCCGCCGCCGGCGGGGACGGCCCACGGCCCCGCACCGCCAGCAAAGCCCCAGGCAGCAAGGGCGGCCGGCAGAAGUCACCCCCCGCCGCCGACGGCGGCCCGCCGAGGCGGGCAGCUGGGAAGAAACCGGCGCGCCGAGCAGAGAGGAGCUGCGCCGGGGACGCGGCGCCGUGCCGCRCGGCCGAGCCGCCCGCCGGGAGCCACGGCUUGGCGGAGCACGGCGCCAGCGAGCCGCCGCGCGCCCGGCCUGGCAGCAGAGCGGGGCAUCGCCGCGAGCCCCGCUCCUCCGCGGCCGGCGAGAAGAGGCGGGCCAGGGGGCCGAGCAAAACRGCACCCAAAUCCAAGGAGUUCAUUGAGACCGAGUCGUCGUCUUCGUCGUCUUCCUCUGAUUCGGGCUCCGAGUCGGAGCGGGAGGAGCGCCCGCUGCCCAAAGCGCCGGCCGGGGCCGAGGCGCGGGCCAAGGACACGGGCAGCAGCGCUGCCCCCAAGGCCCACGGCGGCUGCAGUGCCUUUGGCUCCAUUAAUGCCAGGACUAGUAGUGAAAUAGCAAAGGAGCUGGAGGAACAGUUUUACACCCUGGUUCCUUUCGGUAGGAAUGAGCUCCUGUCUCCUCUGAAAGACAGUGAUGAGGUAAAGUCGCUGUGGGUCAAAAUUGAUUUGACUCUUUUGUCCAGGAUUCCAGAGCGCUUGCCCGAAGAGCCGCUGGCCAUGAGCGCCGGAGCAAACGAGGCGCCCAGCCUCCAGCAGACUAGUAGUGCCGCCCCCCCGGCAGAGAAGGGCUUUCCGAAACCUAGAAGGAAGCGCAAGUGCGAGAAUGAUGAAGAGUACAGAGAUAUCAAGAAGACUCAUUUAGAACGAGAGAGUGCUUCACGAUUAGCUUCAUCUGCCCAUAGCAUCACGACAGCAAAUCACUGCAAUAUGAAUGAAAAUAGCUUGGCAAUACCAAUAAAUAAAAAUGAGAAAAUGCUUCGGUCACCCGUCUCUCCCCUCUCUGAUGCAUCAAAACACAAAYACUCGAAUGAUGAUUUAACUUCCUCCAGCAGACCUAAUGGCAGCAAUCUAUUACCUUCCAUCUCCUCCAGCAAAAAGCAUAAGGGUGAAAUCCAGUCGCAGUCACAUGCCGGAGACUUCAAUAAAGCAAUUCACAUCAAUUCAGAAAAUGUUCUUCUCUGCAAUAAGCCACAAUCCCAGACAGAGCCUUGGUCGCCUCUGUCCAGCGCACCCAGGGACUGCAGAAGGGCAAAGCUUAUCUUUGACGAUAUGCCACACAAUGCAGAUUACUUUAUGCAGGAAGCUAAACGGAAGAAGCAUAAAGCAGAUGCAAUGGUGGAAAAGUUUGGAAAGGCACUGAAUUAUGCAGAAGCAGCACUGUCAUUUAUUGAAUGUGGAAACGCAAUGGAACAAGGUCCAAUGGAAUCUAAAUCCCCUUAUACAAUGUAUUCAGAAACAGUUGAACUCAUCAGGUACGCAGUGAGGCUAAAAACCCACUCGGGCCCCAACGCCACAGCAGAAGACAAACAGCUGGCAGCAUUAUGUUACCGCUGCCUGGCUCUUCUCUACUGGAGGAUGUUCCGGCUCAAGAGGGACCAUGCAGUCAAGUAUUCAAAAGCUCUGAUUGAGUAUUUCAAGAAUUCAUCAAAAGCUGCCCAGACCCCAUCCCCUUGGGGUGCCAGUGGAAAGAGCACAGGAACGCCAUCACCCAUGUCUCCCAGCCCUUCUCCCGUGAGCUCUGUCGGGUCUCAGGGGAGCACGGGGGCCCCUUCACCAUCUCCUAUAAUCAGCAUCCCGCAGCGCAUUCACCAGAUGGCCGCCAACCACGUCAGCAUCACCAACAGCAUCCUGCACAGCUACGACUACUGGGAGAUGGCUGACAACCUGGCCAAGGAGAACAGAGAUUUUUUUAAUGACUUGGAUGCAUUGAUGGGGCCUGUCACCUUGCACAGCAGUAUGGAGCAUUUAGUUCAGUACACUCAACAAGGACUGCACUGGGUGCGGAACAGCGCUCACUUGUCCUAAUGACUGUGUGCCAUUCGYGAGGACUGUGUACGUUCAUGGAUAAUUCAGUUAUUCUGGACACUGUGCUACAGAAAUAGUCAGCCACAGCAUUGAUCCAAACACAGGUGAAUAUUUCGUCCACGUUGAAGCAAUUUUUUCUGAGCGUAGACAUGUCUGUGUGCGUAUGUACAAUAUACAAUGACGUCUCUUCAGAAUGAAUUGUUGCCUACCACUCUCCAAACAUUUUCAUACACUAGAAAUGCUAGGAAGAACUGAUCUUAAUACACAAGUAUACUAUUUCUCCUCUCGUGCUGAAAAACUGAGAGCCCAAAAUCUCAUGGGUUGAUUGAACCAAGUGCAAUAAGCACAAAUCCCUAUUCA